AUGUUAUCGAAAGUUGACGAGCUAAAGAUCCAUCUAUCUGAUCUAUCCCCGGAUAAAAUCUCACUUACAGAAACUUGGCUGAACCAGCAGGUGGACAACCGUGAGUUAACUAUACUAGGAUACAAGUUGUUUAGAAGAGACAGGUCAGGACGUCAGGGCGGAGGUGAACUCAAGUAUGUAAAACACGCGCUUAUAGUCUCAGACAAAACAGAUAAACUUUCGUGUACUUCUGAGGCAAUUUGGCUAACUAUAAAAGCACCGUGUUCACCGAGCCUUGACGUCCUGACGGUCUACCAACCGCCGAGAAAUGAUCCCACGGCGGACGCCCGUCUGAUUGAGGACCUGGAAAGAUUCUCUAUCCUGUCUGACGUCUUAAUUAAGGGGGACUUCAACGCACCUCUUAUCGUCUGGAGUUCAGCUUAUGCAUUUGGUCCAAACCAUGCUUUCGACCGACGUUUUCCGGACAUGACCCUCAAGUUAUUUCUCACUCAGCACGUCUCUUUUCCGACGAGAGUGCGCAAAGGGCAACAGUCAAAGUGUCUGGAUCUGCUCCUUACGAAGUCACUGGACAGCAUUGAUGAGGUGCAAUGUAUACCCCCCUAGGUCGAAGCGACAACGUCGUACUGUUGUGGGAGUACUCCAUUUUUUCUCUGCCCGAACAGGCCACCAGGGUUAGAAGGAACAUUUGGCGCGGUGACUUUGCCCAAAUGAAAGCUGAACUAAAUACCAUAAACUGGGAAUCAGUUUUUUCCGGUGAUAUAAUCAAGGAUUGGGACUGGUUUAUUGGGUUACUGCGCGUUCUUCUCAGAGACCACUGUCCUAUUACACGGAAGAAACUGGACAGCAGACCCCCGUGGCUAACACAAGCAUUAAAAAAAGAAGUGAAUAAAAAGCGGAGGUUAUGGAGAAAAUCCCUCUCGGAUAGGAGCUCUGUGUCGAUAAAUGCGUACAAAGCACAGAGGAACCUAGUUAGGUUACUCCUCGGGACGCGGCGUACUUUCGAGAAAGCCCUACUGAAUCGAGUCGCAGAAAAUCCGAAGUUAUUCUAUGGUUUCAUAAGAAGAAGCACACGAAACAGAGAUCCAAGCCCGUUACUGAAAACUAGUGACGACCUAGAACUCAGUGAAGACGGAGAAAAGGCAGAGCACCUUUCACAAUUUUUUAUGUCCAUCUUUACGAAGGAGAGCACAUUUCUCCCUCCCGACUGCAACAUAGUGGACGGACCAACAAUCGAACACGUCUCUUUCGCCGAAGCUAUUGUUCGCAAAGGACUGUUGACGCUGAAUGAGUCAAAAUCACCUGGGCCGGAUGAAAUACCGCCGAAAUUGUUGAAGGAGUUUGCUGGAGAAGUAUCUAAACCGCUGUCCAUGCUCGUCCAAGCUUCAUUCGAAGCCGGCUACUUGCCCGCCGAUUGGAAAUCCGCGCGGAUCACGCAAGUUUAUAAAGGCGGCAGCAAGGUCUUAGCAAACAACUACAGACCAAUCAGCCUUACUUCAAUUUGCUGCAAAAUUAUGGAAAAUUAAUUAAACGAGAAAUAAUGCACUUCCUAGAAGAGCAUAAUCUGUUAUGCGAUGCCGAACACGGAUUUCGUGGAGGCAGAUCAUGAGUGACAAAUCUACUUUAUUGUUUAGAUCGCUGGACCCGGGCAGUCGAUGGCGGCAAUGCAGUGCACGCAGUCUACGUCGACUUGAAGAAGGCAUUCGACAGCGUACCACAUCAGCGUCUCCUGUACAAAUUAAACCGAACAGGCCUGAGGGGUAAUCUCCUGAGGUGGAUACAAAGUUUCUUGAUCGGUCGCUCUCAAAUCGUCCACGUCGGUGACAGGCAGUCGGCGGAGGUAGCGGUUGAAAGCGGUGUUCCGCAAGGCUCCGUUCUUGGCCCUACCGUAUUCAUCAUGUACGUCAACGACUGCGUCAGUGAACUGAAUUGUGAUGUCGCCAUGUUCGCUGAUGAUGUUAAACUUUGGAGCGUCAUCCGAACUGACUUGGACAAAGAGCGCUUGCAGGCAGACCUGACCCGACUCGAGAAAUGGUCACAGGACUGGCUUCUGCCGUUUAAUGUGACUAAGUGCAAUGUUUUGCGAGUCGGCAGGACCCGAUCUCAAAGCCGGAGGGUUUAUUACCUAAAUGGCGUACCACUGCAGGAGGAAGACGCCCAGAAGGGCUUGGGAGUGUGGGUAACGGCUUCUCUAAAACCGUCGCUCCACUGCUCCAAGGUAGCCAAGUCUGCGAUGUCAGUCCUUUAUCUUGUCAAGAGAGCUUUCUCAACCUUCGAUGAGGACUGCCUCGUUAAAGUCUUUCGGACUUUCGUACGGCCACAGCUAGAGUUCGCUAUUCAGGCGUGGAAACCCUGGACCUCUAAAGAUCUCAGCAUCCUCGAGAAAGUCCAAAGGCGGGCGACCAAACUCGUAACUGCACAGGGUUCACUACCCUAUGAAACACGUUUGUCCAAUCUCGGACUUUUUCCACUGAGUUACAGACAGCUAAGAGGCGACCUUAUACAAACAUUCCGUAUACUGCGCGGCCACGACUGCUGUCUCGUACCUGCUGAUUUCUUUGAGUUAGCGACCACAACGAACCUCCGAGGUCAUCCACUUAGGCUACGCGUAACUGGCGUCAAGCUGGACAUUCAGAAUUUCUUCUUUUCAAACAGAGUGAUCGAGGCCUGGAAUGCUCUGCCUACAGAUGUCGUCAUGUCCACCUCCGUUGAGGCUUUUAAGCGUAAGUUGGACCAGUGUACCACCAAACGUCAUAAUGCCACCUGA